AUGGCCCCCAAGAAGAAGCCAGCUCAGGCUAAGGCCAAGGCCAAGAAGGUUGCCACCCGGAAGGCGACUGUCAAGCGCAAGCCUGCAGCAAGUAAGGCUGCAAGCAAGGCAAGCAAGGCGCGGAAGGUAGUGGCUCCAAAGAAGCCCAUUCGGAUCGGUUUUCUGAUCGGCAAGGACACGGACUUGGUGGAAGACCCAAAGUAUGUCGGUGAUGCCUCGUUCAUGGACGACAUGCCGGACAAGUACCGGGUGGACCCUGAGAGCAAGGAGUACCUCAAGAAUUGCGAGGGCGGUACCAAAGGAUUUGCCCAUGCCGAUGUGGCAAUCCCGUGGUAUAUCCACAAGAAGUAUGGCUCUGAUGUGGUUGUUGAUAUGAUCUUCCCAGAAGAGAUCACGCUGAAACGCUUGAAGUCCAACAUGUGCAAUUACAUCAUCGGGUACGAUGUCAUCAACUCCAUUUUCGAGGGCCCGCAGAGGUACAGAGAGGUCACCAAGGCAUUCAAGGAAUGUGGAAACUUGAUGCCAAGCUGGGAAGUCCAGGAUUUCAUCUACAUCAAAUCCCGCUACAUGCAGGCUUGCAUGGAUGCCGGGAUACCAAUGGCCCCGACGAUUUUCGCCAAGAAGGGCAAGCGAAGUCCGACCAAGCUGCUGGCAGAGAUCAAAGACCGAGGUUGGCAGACUUUCGUAAUGAAGCAGUCCAUGAUGGCUUUCUCCCUGGGCUUUUGCAAGCUCAAGGUUGAGGAUUGCGAGAAGGAUCCCAGCAUCCUUGCGAACUAUUUCAAGGACUAUGCCGAAUGCCCAGAGUACGUAGUGCAGGAGGCCGUUGACGGCUUCACGCGCAACUGGGAGACCAGGGUGUUCUGGUUCAAUGGGAAGUUCCUGUAUGCUAUUGCCAACAAGGCAGCAGUGUCGACUGAAGAUGGCAAGGAAGUUAUCAUCACAGGAGAUGACAUCCCGUCUGAAUUCCUGGAGAAUGCAAAGAGAAUAGGUGAGCAGGCGCUCAAAGUCUUGCCGCAGCUCUGUACGCCAUCAGGACAGCCCAUUGAUAUGACGCUGAUUCGCACCGACGUAGGCUGUUCAGACAGCCAGCUGCAUGACAAGAACACAAACUGGGACCCAAAUGGUCGGACCUUCUUCCUGAACGAGAUUGAGUACGGAGGGACCACGUACUUCAUCCGACAUCUCAAGGAGGAUUGGGUUCCCAAAUGGGCGGAGCUCUACGUGAACAAGUCGCAGGAAAUUUUUGACAAGAUGUGUGAGGCGGCGGCUUAG